AUGCCUCAUGGCAACCCACUUCUGCCAGAGCUGUGUCUUGUUCUCCUAGGCCGCAAAGGUACCGGGAAGAGUUCUGUGGGAAACACUCUUCUUGGCCUUGCUGGGGUAUUUGAGAGUGGCAAACCCACAGAGGAGUGUGUGAAAAGACAGGCAGACAUAGCAGGUCAUCGUGUUACAGUAGUGGACACGCCAGGAUGGGAGUGGUACUACUCAGGCAAUGGUACUCCUGGCUGGGUGAGAAGAGAAACAAUGAGAAGUGUGUCACUCUGUCCACCUGGACCCCACGCUUUGCUUCUUGUGGUACGGUCCUGUGCCUCAGUGACAGGGGACUACUAUCAGCAGAUUGAAGAGCACUUGGAGCUUUUGGGCAAAAUGGUGUGGGACUACACAAUGGUGCUGUUCACACGCGGAGAUGAAUUAGGCUCCAUUCCCAUAGAACAGAAAAUACAAAAUGGUGGACAGUCUUUCCAGAAGCUUCUAGAAAGGUGUGGAAAGAGGUUCCAUGUCCUAGAGAACAAACGCCGUGGCGAUGAUGGAACUCAGGUGAAAGAACUGUUGAAGAAGAUAGAGGUGAUGGUAAAGAAGAGAGGGGGAGGACAUUACGAGUCAGCUCCAUUACUGCUAGGGCUGGAGGCUGAAGGGAAAAGGAGAGCCAGAGAGAGAAGAAAGAAACAAAGACUAAUGGAGGCUCAAACACAAAGAGGGAUUAUAAAAGUUGUGCUAACAGCUGAUAUUUUACAAGCUGAAGACCUGGAUGAAAAGCAUCUGUGCUCCAGGGGCUCACGCCGACUCCCAGAACUACGACUCAUCCUCCUGGGAGAAAGAGAGACUGGGAAAAGCUCAGCUGGGAACACUAUCCUCGGAGGAGCUGUGCAUUUUCAAAUAGGACAGGCCACAGAGGAAUGUUCAAGGAAGCAGGCGGAAGUUUCUGGACGACUGGUCACAGUGGUAGAUGUGCCUGGAUGGGAAGGAGGCCCUGAGGGUAUCACCCCAGAGAGAGUGAGGCGGGAAGUUAGGGUUAGUGUGACACUCUGUCCUCCUGGUCCCCAUGCCCUUCUACUGACUCUGAGGGUAGAUGCCCUGGUCAGAGCUACUGCUGUGAAAGAGCAUUUGGAGUUACUUGGUGAAGAUGUAUGGAAGUAUACCAUACUUCUUUUCACAAGGGGUGACCAGCUGAGAGAGGGGGUUACUAUUGAGCAGCACAUCCAAGGAGGAGGCAGAGAUCUUCACUGGCUGUUGGAGAAAUGUGGAAACAGAUACCAUGUGAUCAGCAGCCUCUGUUUGGAAGGUAAGAGGUCCACUGUGCAGGUAACUGGACUGCUAGAGACGAUUGAGAAAAUGGUGGCAGGUAAUCAGUGUGAGGCUUUCUCACCACUCAUGCAGGAGAUUGAAGAACUUGGGAAGCAAAAGAACGAGAGGUUCAACCUGAAACUGAAAGAAGUGAAUGAGAAGCUUCAGCGUCAAGAGAUGGAGCUGAAAAGGAUGAGAGAGAGGGAGGUAAAAAGCAUCAGGGGGUUCUUCGAUAGGAGGAGAGACAAAGGUAGAUCAGCUGAGAAAGCAUCUGCAGAGAAAGAAGAAACGACAGACAGAGAAGAUGACAGAAGGAGUAUCACAAGUGAACUGGAGGAGAGGAUGACUUGGUUAACAGAAGACAAGGAAAGAGAAAUUCAUGAACUCGGCCUGGAAAACAACAGAGUCAUUGCAGCUCUAAAACAGGUCUAUAGAGAGAAAGAUGAGCUAGUCAUGCAAUUAGAGGAGAAAGAGAGAGAGAGUGAAGAAUUAAGAGAAAAGGUGGAUGAGCUACAAGUAAAAGUGCUGGAGCUGGAACGUGUAAGCAUGUUAAAAGAGCAUGAAAGGAAAGAGAGAGAAGAUGAGUUGGUAACAAGACAUGAAAAUGCUGGAAAGGAGAUUAUUAUGCUGAAAGAAAAGUUAGAUCACAAAGAAAAGGAAGGAGAAGAACUAAAGAGGAAGCUUGAUGAGACACAGGAGAAGAUGGCAGAUUCAAACCUGAAGUAUGAAGAAGAGCUCUUACAAGGGAAACAAGCGACUGAAAGACAGCUAGCAGAGAGGAAAGUAUUUGAGCAAAGGCUUGAUGAAAAACAAAAAGAGAUGGAUGAGUUUAAACUGAGAGCUGACAACAAAGAAAAGGAGCAAAAUGAAAGAUGGAAGGAAAUGAAUGAAAGCAGGGAAAGGGAGAAGAAUAAACUCAGAGAAAUUGUAGAGCUAAUGACAAAAGAGAUGGAAGAACUGCAGGCUGCUUACCAAGAACAAGUGAAAACAUUAGAAGCAGAGAGACAAAUGCAUGAAAACACUGUGGGAAAAAACUAUGAGCUUAUGGAAAAGCUUGUGGGGAAAGAUGCAGAAAUUGUUGCCAUGGAGCAUAGGCAAAAGGAGCAAGAGAUGCACAUAAAUGCAGAAACUCAAAAGAUUGUUGAGGAAAAAGAUGUAGAAAUAGCUGCACUGACAAAAAGACAUAUGGAGAGCGAGCAGGAAAUUGAAGCACUCAAGCAAGCUAUUGAUGCCAAACAAAGAAGCAUGGAAAACAUUAAAAAUGACAGUCAGGCAAAAAUUGUGGAAUUUUCCUCUAGGGUACAACUUUUAGAGGAUGAAUCCAAAGAGAUGGAAGAGUUCCUGAAAAGAGAAAAUGUGAUUCUAAAAGAGGAAAUGGACAUAAUGAAGAACCUGCAUGAGGUGAAUACCAGAAAAAAAGAAGAUGAAACAAGACAUAUGUUAGAGGUGAAGGAAAAUUUGAUCAAUCAGCUACAACAAGAGAAUGAAGACAAGGAAAUUCUCAUAAAAGACCUGGAAAAGCAGCUAAGAGAAAGAAAAAUCAGGGAGAACAAUCUACAAAAUCAAAAUGCAGGACUUGUGCAGGAAUUAGAAGAGCUUCGGAUAAAGUGUGAGGAGUAUAAAAGAGACUCACAGGACGAGAGAGCCAGAAACCAGAGCAAAGAGAAAGAGAUUAAAGAUGUACUAAACCAAUAUGAAGAAAUGGGGAAGGUUAAAGAUGCACUGUCCCAAAAGCACAUUGAAGAGAAAGAAAAGGAGAUUUGUCUGUUGAAGCAGACCAAUAACAUGCUACAAACAGAACUAGAGGUCAUGAAGGAACGAGGUAAAGAAAUAGAAAAGAACACCGAAAAGAUUACAAAAUACUAUGAGGGGAGACUGUUAGAAAGAAUAGGUGAAAUGGAUGAUAAAGAUGCGGAGAGAGAGCAAGCGCUCCACAGCCGAGAGCAGGAGUUGAGUGAAAGAGAGCAAGUUUGGAGACAAACUGUGCAAGAACUUGAAAUAUGCAAGAAGGACUUGGAGAAAAGAGAGGAUGAAAUGAAUGAGAAAAAACAGUUGUUAAGUGAGGAAAAACAAGAGCUGGAUAAGAGAGAAUGUGAAGUAAGAGACAAGGAACACAAGUUAGAAUAUCAGUUCAAAAGUAAUCAGAGCUGCAGAGAAGAUCUAGAGAAAAGAGAAAUGGAGCUUUUUAAUUUACAGCAAAAAUCAGAGCAACAGAUUAAGAGGAUGUAUGAAGAGCUAGAAGCAGCAGAGAAGAGUUUGUCUGAAAAGCAGGAAAAUGAAAUACAAAAUAUCAGGCAGCAGCUAGAUGAGAGAGAGAAAGAGCAACAGAAAAUAGAAGAGGAGCUUGUGAUGAAAGAACUUAAUGUAAAGGAACAGGUAAAUCAUUUGGAGAGUCACAGACAAAACCUGGAUAUCCAAGAAAUCGAAUUAAGCAAAAGAGAGCAACACUUAAUAGAUUCUGAGCAGAUGUAUGAGAGCAAGAAACAAGAACUCUCAAAAGCUAUGCAGGAACUGGAGAAAAAAACACAGAAUAAUGACAGAUGGCAAGCAGACCUGACUAACAAGGAAAAUAAUUUUAUACAAAGACUGGAUGAAUUUCAUAAGAAAGAGCAGGAUUUUUUACAAAGAGAACAUGACCUUGUACUUAAAACCCAAGAACUAAUGGACAAAAAUCAGACAUGGGAACAAGAGCUACAGAGCACACAGCAAAAGCAUGCAGCUUCAUCUAAUCAAUGUGAAAAAGAAUUAGAAGCUGUUAGACAGGCCUUAGAAAUAAGAGAGCAGGAACUAAUAAAUACACAGAAUGAACUUCAGAACAGAAAGCAAGAACUUGCAGAUAAAGAGAAACAUUUAGAUGAAAAGGAACAUCAGAUUACAUGGAACUAUGAAAAAUGUGAGGCUGCAGAGAAGAUACUGGAAAACAAGCAGAAAGCACAGAGGGAUUUAUUAGAAAAGCAAGAAAAAGAAAUAGAAAAUAUCAGGCAACAGGUAGAAGAGAGAGAAAAAGAACUGAAGAAAAUGGAAGAAGAUCUUGUGAGAAAACAACUUAAUUUUAGGCAGGAAGUGAAGGACUUCGAGAAUCACAAAGAAAACCUGGAGAUGAGAGAAAUUGAAUUAAGCAAAAGACAGCAAAAAUUAAUGGAUUUGGAGCAGAUUUAUGAGAAUCAGGCUCAAGAAUUGUCAAAAGCUGUACAGGAACUGGAAAAAAACACACAGCAUAAUGACAAAUGGCAAGCAGAACUAACAAACAAGGAAUAUGAUCUUAUUCAAAGAAUGAAUGAAUUUCAGAAUAAAGAGCAGGAGUUUUUACAGAGAAAACAUGACUUAGAAUUUAUAACCCAAGAACUAACAGUCAAGAAUCUGGAGAAUGAACCACAUCAGCAACAGUUCCUGGGCAAACAACAAAACCAGGCAGCUAGAAAAUGGGAAAUUGACUUAGAAGGUGUUAAACAGGCUUUAGUAGUAAGAGAGCAAGAAGUGGCAAAGAAAGAGGACGAAUUUCAGAAAAGAGAACAAUAUCUGAGGAGUGCAGAAAUAAGUCUGAAGAAGAGAGAGGAAAUUGUGCAAAAAAGGGAAGGAGAAGUACAAAUUGACAAACAACAGCUCGACAGCAUGUUAUAUGACUUCAAGAGAAAGCAAGAAGAAAUAGAAGAAAUGAAGUGUUCUUCAGAAGCAAAACAACAUCAGCUGGGCCACCUGGAGAAAGGGCUGGUUGACAGAGAGGAAAAGAUAGCAAGUAAAGAACAAGACCUGAAAAACAGAUAUAAAGAACUAGAUGUUAAAGAGCACAGCAUGGAGAAUUAUGAGCUAGGACUAGAAUCAAGAGAGAACACUGUCAAACAAAGAGAGCUGGAGUUGUAUGAAUUAAAGAAAGAGCUGGAAUCCAAGAAGAACAAUUUAGAGAAUUUGAGAAAUGAAAUGGAUAACAAAAAAUGUGAACUAAACAAUGAAAAAGUACAUUUGAAGUUGAAAACAGAGGAGCUGGAAAAGUGGGAAAAAUAUCUGUAUAACAGUGAGCUUAAAAUUAUAAACCACAAUCCCAAUUCUGAUUUCCAACCUUGGGACAAAACAACAGCAUCUUAUGGAAACCUAGCAAGAGUUACAGAGAGUCAAAAAAUGAAUUGGGAAGUUGGAGUGGAUUUUAGGACCAGUGAAAGAGACACUAGUGAAAACAAUGGAGAAGUUAGCAGUAAUACAGCAGAAUGGGCAGAUUAUAAGAGUGUGGAGAUGUCAUCCCAAACAAAAAAACAUAUAUUUGAGAACAUAAGGCUAGCAGGCACACACAUAAGCAAAGGAGCACUAGAAACCAAGACAGAAGAGGAAACUAAUCAAGCAAACUGGUUGGUACAGGAGACAGAGGAAGAGGGGGAGGAAUUCUUUGAACCAGCGAGCUCGGACUAUCUGCUGACUCAAGGUUUGCCCUGCAUGGUUUCUGAACUAAGGGUCGUGCUACUAGGAGAGUCAUGGUCAUUGCGCCAAUCGGCCAAACAUACUGUCCUGGGGCAAGAUGCUGAGUCUGGAACUCCCUGGAAGGGAAGUGUAUGUGACAGGUCACUCAUGGUUGUAGAGCCCCAUGGGAUAAAAUGGCGAUCAUCCAGAGAUAUAAAUGUGAGCUUUCAAAAGGAGCUUCUACAAAAUGUGUCACUGUGCACACCUGGCCCUCACGCCUUUGUCAUUCUCAUACCGGCUUACUUAUCUUUUACUGCACAGUACCGGGUAUCAGUGGAGCGCACCAUGGCCAUGCUGGGUGAGGCUGUAUGGAGAUAUACCAUUGUUCUGUUCACUUGGGGAGAAGCUCUUGGAGAAAGUGGCCAACAGCACAUAAAGAGGAAUGGGGACUUAGAAUGGCUUGUGAAGAAAUGUGGAGGAAGGUAUCAUGUACUGGAUAACAGACACAGGGAAGCCCAUAUGAUAGAGCUUUUGGAGAAGGUUGAUAAGAUAGUUGCAGGAAACCACGGAGAUUAUUAUCAUACUCAGAGUUAUUAAGAGAGUUAUGGUGUAAGAUGAAAUUAGUUUUUAU